UUUGUCUUUACUUUGUUGAACUGCCAUUGGGGUCUUCUUUUUUCAACAGAGAUACUAAACAUCGCAAUGAAGCUUUUUACUGUGUCUGCAGUUCUUUGCGCAAUGAUAUGUCUGGCCACCACUGCUGAGGAACAUCAUCAUGAUAAGACAUCAGCAUGUUGUCCCGCGGGUUGGACUCGGUACCGCAAACAAUGCUACAUCUAUGUUUCCGAAUACAUGACCUGGGCUGAGGCUCAGAAAAACUGUCAGUCCAUGAAUGCAAACCAGGCAUCUGUACAAAGUCUUGCAGAGUACCAGAGGAUUCAGCAGGUGAUAUUUGAUGCCACUCAAGAGAACAGACUCGCAUGGCUUGGAGGCUCAGAUGCACAACAGGAGGGAUAUUGGUUUUGGAUCAAUGGAGCAAAAUUCAAAUAUACUAACUGGUGUCCUGGUGAGCCGAGCAACUAUUUGAAUACUCAGCACUGUAUACAGAUGAACUAUUCACGUAAGUCACAUUAGAAAAUUUCAGUAGCUUAACCAUGUUUCCAUAUAAUGAUGGUUUCAGUUCCUUCUGAUUUUUCGUACUUACAGAGGAAAAAUGCUGGGAUGAUCAGAUCUGUGACACUCGGCUCCCAUCUGUCUGCGUCAAGAAAAUCAAACAAUUCCUGUACCAACAUUAAGACAUAGCAAACCUAUCAUUGUUUCAUAUUACAUAUUUACUUCUUUUCCUUUUACUAUAACGCUAUUUAAGGAACUACAUGAAAAGUGCCAUGAACGGGAGGUGGAUUGUCUCUGUUAAUAGGAGCGAAUUGAAUGUAUAAUGGAAAGAAUGCUUUGAGCAAAACUUUAUUUCCCAGAAUGAGUUAAUCUUUAUCACUUUCUGCAUCAUUAAAAUCUUAAGCUUAAGACUGCUGAAUCAAACUGGUCUGAGGAUCUUUGGCACAAAUCAUGUGUUCAUGGGUCUACAAAAUUUUAAAUAUGUGCGU